AUGCAGACACCUUCGUGCCUUCUCGUCCUCGUUCUGGUGGCCACCUCCGCCUUGGGCCAGGAUUGUCCCUGCACCAAAGAAUAUGUACCGGUUUGCGGAUCGGACGGAAUUACCUACAACAACAAAUGCUUCUUGGAGUGUGCGGCCAAAUUGAAUCCACGUCUGGGCAUCUCGAAGGAAGGACCUUGUUGCGUCUGCAAACCCAUCUACGAUCCUGUCUGCGCUUCUGAUGGUUCUACAUAUUCGAACAUUUGCGAGCUGAAGUGUGCGAUUGAGAGAAACCCGAAAUUGAGGCAUGUGAGAUGCUGCGUUUGUCCGGCCGUCUACGAACCGGUUUGCGGAUCAGAUAAUGUGACGUACGGUAACUUGUGCGAGCUCAAUUGCGCUGGGAGGAACACCAACGUCACUUUUGUGGAUAAGGGCGAAUGCCCUUGCUUCUGCACGAAAGAGUACAAUCCUGUUUGCGGGUCGGACGGAGUGACGUACGGUAAUCCGUGCAUGUUGCUGUGCGAGGCCAAGAGGAAGAACAGGGGUUUGUAUUUGAGAUGGCACGGAACUUGCCAUGAGAGGAGUAGGUGUGGUUGCGUACCCGGAAGUAAUCUGGUUUGCGGAACAGAUGGCAUCACCUACAACAACCUCUGCGAACUCGUCUGCGCAAGAAACUAUAAACCCUUCCUCAGCGUCUUCUACGGUGGUUUCUGCUAA